AUGGCUAUUGAUACCACGUUCGAGCCAUUGAGAAUAUACAUCGCCAUAAUAGUGUUUCAAAUGGAUAUGUUAUAUAUGAAUUGCGUUUGUGUCUUAAAAGCCUGUUUCAAAGAAAUCAAUGACACUCUGGAGAAUCUACGGGUACUUAUGAUGAAUGAUAUCUCUAAACCAAUCUAUCAUGUGCAAAGACAUCCAUUCAUGCUAACAGAACUCAAAGCUCUCAAGAAACAACAUCUGAUGGUCAGCGGCACAGUAAAAAUGUUGAAUAUAAUCUUCAGCCUGCAGCUUCUCGUUACCAUAGUGAUAGUUUUCAAACAGAUCACUUUUUUCCUGUAUUUUCAUAUAGUGCAAUGGCAAGACGGAUUAUCCAUUAAUCUGGAUAAGCAAAUUCGCAAUGAAUUUUUUGUAUCAUACAUAAUGUAUUAUCUUAUAAGAAUAACGUUAAUAGUGUGGGCCUGCGAAACCGGCAAGAAUCAAGCAGUAAAAAUCGGCACUACCGUUCACGAUAUGUUUAAUACCAUCAGUGAUGAGCAAAUAAAAUAUGAGUUGCAGCUGUUUUCUUUGCAAAUAUUGCAAUGUGAUAAUACUUUCUCCGCGAAAGGUCUUACUGUGGACGCUACACUUCUCACUAAGAUAAGUAAAUGA